AAAAGGAAAACAUCUUCCCUCUUUGUAUGGACAGAAAAAUGAAAUUCUGAAUCUUCGAUCGUUGCUCCGUUCAUCAAGAGAAGCUGAAAUUCGCUAUAAUUCUUGUACCAUGAUGAUGGUCGAAGAUCUCGGCAUCGAAGCCAAGGAGGCGUCGGUGCGGGAGGUCGCGAAAUUGCUGCCCCUUCCUGAACUGCUGCAGUCCAUCGCUUCCAUCAAGGCCGAUUACAUUGCUCGUCAGCAGGCAAAUGAUGCACAACUCAGUACUAUGGUUGCUGAACAGGUUGAACUGGCACAAUCUGGGCUUGAAUCUCUUUCAAUAUCACAGAAGACUAUAACUCAACUGCGUGAAAACUUUAUUUCUAUUGAAAAACUGUGUCAAGAAUGUCAAACGUUGAUUGAAAAUCAUGAUCAGAUAAAGCUCCUCAGCAAUGCAAGAAAUAAUUUGAACACUACACUUAAGGAUGUUGAAGGAAUGAUGUCAAUUUCUGUUGAAGCAUCUGCAGCACGAGACUCUUUGAGUGAUGAUAAGGAACUUAUUAAUACAUAUGAGAGGUUAACAGCCCUUGAUGGUAAGAGGAGAUUUGCCCUAGCAGCUGUAUCUUCUCACGAAGAGGAGGUUGGCAGGCUGAGUCUAUAUUUUGAAGACGUGGAUCGCACUUGGGAGACAUUCGAGAAGAAGUUAUGGGGCCAUCUUUCCAACUUCUACAAACUUUCCAAAGAAAGCCCACAGACCCUGGUUCGUGCUCUAAGGGUUGUUGAAAUGCAAGAGAUCCAUGAUGAACAACUUGCCGAGGAAGCAGCAGAGGCUGAGGGUGAUGGGGCAAUUGAUGCUAUUGCAAAUCCCCGUAGAAAGGGGACUGCUACAUCGGCAUCUUCUCGCAAUCUUACCUAUAAAGCAAAGGUUCAAGGAAAAGGGUACAAGGAUAAAUGCUACGAUCAAAUAAGGAUGACCAUUGAAGAGCGUUUUGAUAAACUGUUAUCAGAGGCUGCAUUUGAGGACCUAAAAGCUGCCCUAGAGGAUUCUCGGAAGAUGACAGAAGAGCUUGGGGAUUUAUAUGAUUAUGUUGCUCCUUGUUUUCCUCCAAGAUACGAGAUAUUCCAAUUCCUGGUAAAUCUUUACACGGAAAGGUUCACCCAGUGGCUUAGACUGCUUAGUGAUCGGGCUAAUGAUCUCACAAAUAUAGAAAUUCUAAAGGUGACUGGUUGGGUGGUUGAAUACCAAGAGCAGCUUGUUGGUCUAGGGGUUGAUGAGUCCUUAGCUGAAGUUUGUUCUGAAAGUGGUGCAAUGGAUCCCCUCAUGAAUGCAUAUGUGGAACGAAUGGAAGCUACAACAAGAAAAUGGUACUUGAAUAUCCUAGAGAAUGAUAAAACACAACCCCCCAAAUCAACUGAAGAUGGGAAGCUGUAUACACCUGCUGCGGUUGAUUUGUUCAGGAUACUGGGUGAACAAGUGCAAAUUGUUCGUGAAAAUAGUACUGAUCUCAUGCUGUACAGAAUUGCUCUGUCCCUUAUUCAGGUAAUGGUUGAUUUUCAAGCAGCUGAAAGGAAGACUCUGGAAGAGCCUGCUUCUGACAUUGGUCUUGAACCUUUGUGUGCGCUGAUUAACAAUAAUCUGCGUUGCUAUGAUCUUGCCAUGGAGCUGAGUAACAGUACACUUGAAGCUCUUCCACCGAGCUAUUCUGAGCAGAUUACUUUUGAAGACACUUGCAAGGGCUUCUUGGAGCUUGCGAAGGAAGUUGUCAUUCUAACUGUUAAUGUAAUCUUUGAGGAUCCAGGAGUGCAGGAGUUACCUGUCAAACUUUAUCAGAAAGACUGGGCUGAAGGGCAAGUCACCGAGUAUUUUGUUGAAACAUUUAGAGAUUAUUUCGGUGAUGUCAAGAUGUAUAUAGAGGAAAGGUCAUUUAAGAGAUUUGUUGAAGCUUGUCUGGAAGAGACGGUGGUUGUUUAUGUUGAUCAUUUACUCACUCAGAAAAAUUAUAUAAAGGAAGAAACUAUAGAUCGUAUGAGGCUUGAUGAAGAAGUUCUUACGGAUUUCUUCAGAGAAUACAUAGCUGUUUCUAAAGUUGAAAACAAGAUUAGAAUUCUGGGUGACUUGAGAGAGCUUGCUUCUGCUGAGAGCUUGGAUACAUUCACGCUUAUUUACACAAAUAUACUUGUUCAUCAACCAGACUGCCCUGCUGAGGUUGUUGAGAAGCUUGUGGGUAUGCGAGAAGGCAUACCAAAAAAAGAUGCAAAGGAGGUUGUACAGGAGUGCAAGGAGAUAUUCGAGCAUUCUCUGGUGAACGGAAAGCCACCGAAGACAGGUUUUGUCUUUUCAAGAGUGAAGUGCUUAAUGCCUAAAGGAGGAGGAUCUAUUUGGCGGAAAAAGAAUUAGUUCAUCGCUAAAAGAAACUUGGUAUAUAUAUAUAUAUAUAUGUUUGCCUGGACCAUGCAUUCGCAAUUGAAGCUGAAAAAACGUUUUCUGAAUAUCACAUAUGCGGUUGAUUAAUUAGGGAUGAUUAUUAUAUGAGAUGAUGCUAACUAUAUAUAGUAUUAAUAGUAGAAGCUGACGGGCUAAGAAUGUGAGUGUUAAGAAGAUUGUCGGAUAUAUUAAGCUGGCAAUAUGUAUGAUUUCUUGUAGAGAGACCAUAAUAUAAUUAGAAUUAAAGUGAAUAAUGGUAAAAAGAGGUGCAUGGUUAAGCUUAAACACAUUCAUCUUUCAACAUUUUUAUUUUU